AUGAGCCAGCGCCCCGAACUACGACGGCCCGGGUCCUUCGACUCGGACACGUCCUCGUUCUACUCGGUGCGCUCGGGAGACUCGGCCUACUCCGUCUGGUCCUCUUCCGAGUCCGAUUCCUUCGUCUGGAGGGACGACCCCUACGGGUUCUACGGCGUCGGCGGUGCCGUUACGCGGUACGUCGACGAUCGCGACGACCAGCGCAAACGGUUCGCCGCGCACAUCUUGAGCGGGCCGUUUGCCCAGUUCUACAAGAAGAAGCGACACGCGAGCAGCUCCCACGCCCGACCAGGUCGCAGCACGCACAGCUCGCGCUCCAGCUCGCGUUCUAGCACAAACAGUGUUAGUCCGGGAAGAGGCCAGCAGCAUCAUGACCCCCGUUACCACCCGCGGCCUCCUAGCGCCGGGCCUCAGUAUCGUCAGGAGCAAUUUCACCAAGACCAAUUCCACGAGGAGCAGUUCCAAGAGGAACAGUUCCACGAGGCACCCUUCCACCAGCCGCCUUUCCAUCCUGGUUUCCGUGGGGGACCACCUCCACCCCCUCCACCACCGCCACCUGCUGCUGCACCCGCCGGAUUCGAAGGCGGCUUCAUCCAGCUCGGCGGUCCUAGCGGUCCUCCGCCGCCACCUCCAGACCCAGUCUGGGGCAACGACGCAGGCUACGGGCCCGGAGUACAUGUUUACGAUUGAUGACUAUGACGACCAAGUGUUGUGACGUGGAACGCUUCUACUGUAAUGUUUACGUAUGACUAGGAUCUCAUGACUUUACGGAAUGGACGAGACGGCUCCUAUUCUACUUUAUUUUAUUUUGUUCAGCGGUCUUUGGGUGGGCUUAUUUAUCUGGGGGUGUACGGCGUUUACGAGGGCUUCGUAUUGGGAGAGAUGAUUUCUAUGUUUUUGAGCAUGCCAGCCAACCAGUCCUGCGACGAAUCGCAGAGAAAAACGACAGUGAACAGUCACGAGGACGAAGUCGUUCCUCGCAAAUGAAUAUAACCCAAUCUGCUACGAGGCAGAAAGAAGUAAUGAUGCAUCCAUUCAGGUACCCAGCGCGCGGAUGGAUGGCCGGCGGGUAGCGGGCAGUUAAAUCUUGGCCUUGGAUAAUGAUAGGUAGCUAAAUCCAAUAUUUUGUCGUCGACUCCGCCGCGUAGCGAAUACCAUUGCAGCAGGACAAUAGCAACUGCCAGUUGUCACUGAAGCAGCCCGGCUGGGUUA